GGAAUCAAGAAACUAAUCAAGCAGACUAAUCUAUGCUGUAUUGGUUGUUGCAUAAGAUUGAAAUUCAUAUAAAGUGAUGCGUAUAUAUGGACAUACCUGAUGCGGUGAUUGGCAAGCUGGUCCUGGUGACAACCAGUGCUGUGUUUGUAGUGCUCUGUUUGUGGGUCAACUCGUACCCGUUCAUUGACGACGAGUCGUGGUUGUACGGCCUGGUCCCGGACCCGCAGUGGUUGCUGGUGGCGUGCGUGGCGUGGGGCGUCCUGUUCGUGGGGGGACUCAUGCUCUUCACUCUGUACCAUCUACAUCCGCAUCUCUGAGACACAUACUCCAACAUGGGGCUCGACCGCAGCAACUGGGUCGUCAUAGGUAUAGGCGGAGUGACGUGCGGCGGUAAGACGUCCCUGGCGGGUCGGCUCCGCGCGGGCGUGUCCCCGACGGUGGUGGUCCACCAGGACGCGUACUUCCUGCCGGACGACUCGCCGCGCCACACCUACAUCCCCGAGCUGAAGCACAACAACUACGACAUCCUGUCCGCGCUCGACAUGGACCGCAUGAUGGACGACAUCCACGCCAUCAUGCGCGGGGACCGCACCGUGGACCCGGCGCGGGUCCCCAACGAGUCCCGCGACGGCCUGGGCCCCCUGCCCGGGCCCCCGCCCGCCGAGCCCUUCAGCCUGCCGGGCAAGCAGUUCCUGGUCCUGGAGGGGCUGACGGUCCUGAACCACCCCCCGCUGAUGGAGCUGUGCGACCUGCGCUACUACUUCGUGCUGGAGUACGAGGAGUGCCUGCGGCGCCGCCUGUACCGCCUGUACGACCCGCCCGACGUGCCCGGCUACUUCGAGCUCUGCGUCUGGCCCGAGCACAUCAAGUACAGGGCCGAGGUGGAGAAGGACGUCCGCGUGAAGUUCCUGGACGGCACGUACGGCAGCGUGCACGAGACCGUCAUGGACGACAUCCGCCGCCUCGCCGCGUAGUCACUACCGCGGUACUACAAGCUUAGACAUAAGGAGUAACCCACACAUGUACAGACAAUGUCCGCUGAUACCUUCUACCUCAGAGACUGUAACGUCACUAUACUACAACUGCUUCCAACCGCUGCGUCUGCCGCGUGGCAUCAAGCAAAUAUCAAACGUAUCACACUAGCACAAGGUGUAGAAUUAAUUACGUGGGCACUCGCCCUACUAUAUAGUUUGCAUGUAACCAGUAAAGUGAAUGUCAAUGUAUUUUUGUACACAUUUUACACAAUACACCGCAAGUAGCCUUACACAGCUCGCGCACUCCGGCCAAUCACACGUUACUUUAGAGUGAGAUAGCGCUAUACUAUACACAUGCUUCUGAGCGAGACAACUAUAUGCCAAGUGUUGCCGUCAAGUAAUCGGUCUAUAAGAUGUAUAUUUUAUUCAGAGAUGUAUUAAAUAAUAUAAUGUUAGGGCGCGUUCACACGAGCUGUAGAGAAAUCAUGUUGUAAAGUAAGCAUAGUGUACCGGUCGUGUGAAUGCGCCUUACUUAGUGGAUGUUGUGAAUGUCGCGCAGGGACGAGUGUCCGCCGUACUAUAAGUAUUGUUAACUUAUUCAGUUUCAAUAAAUUUUGAUCAUGUAAA